CUCUCGCUCCAUCCAGCCCAGACUGUGUUUUGCUGCAGUGAGCGGCAGCCCUGUGCAGAGAAGCGCGUGAAAAGGAGGUUGCAAAACAAACAUCACACAACAAGAAGAAGGAGGUUAAAAAAACUGAAGAGGAAGGGAGCAGGAAAAAGAGUGGAGUAGCAGAAGAAGACGCAAAAAAAGGGAGAUCACAUCCCGCGGGAGGGACGAACAAGCGGACCUAAGUAGAGACACCGGGAGGCGGGACGUAACGGUAACCUCCAUCGGGACCCCCCUCCCUCUCCUCCUCCUGUGAACUCCCCCCUCUUCCCCGCAAUUGGAAGCCAACGAGCAGGAUAUUAGUGCGACCAAGCAUGGCUUUCCCAUCAGCUCCGUUAUGGAUUGUCAGCAUAUUGACGCUACUCUCUGCGGUUUGCAGCAACGUGGUCUUUGGUGGAGCUCACGUCAAUUUCUUGAUGCGUGCUUCUUUUCAAGACGACGACCCCUUGCAACCCGUUACCUCUGAUGAGACGGUUUCGGUGGGCGGAGCCGUCACACUGACCUGCCGGGUGGCCGAGAGCGACAACUCGUCACUGCAGUGGUCCAAUACGGCGCAGCAGACGCUUUACUUUGGCGAGAAGAGAGCGCUGCGAGAUAACCGCAUCCAGCUGCACCGGUCCACGCCCACUGAGCUUUCCAUCAUCAUCUCCGAGGUGCAGCUGUCUGACGAGGGCGAGUAUACCUGCUCCAUCUUCACUAUGCCCGUGCGCACCGCGCACGCCACCGUCACCGUGCUGGGCGUCCCGGGUAAGCCACACAUCUCCGGCUUGGAGCAUCCUGUGCAGGAGGGCGGCACGCUCACCCUGACCUGCACCAGCACAGGCAGCAAGCCCCCCGCCAGGCUGCGAUGGUUCCGCGGGGACCUGGAACUCCAGGGCCGGCCGGACGUGGUGGAGUCGGUUCCGGAUGAGCCCACGUACAACGUGAGCAGCGAGCUGACGCUGGAGGUGAGCCGUGCCGACGACAACCAGGUGGUCACCUGCGCCGUGGACCACCCGUCGCUUGCCCCGGGGGACAAGAGGAGCGAGCAGGCACUUCAAGUCUUAUAUUCCCCAAACGUUCAGAUACUGCCCGAGAGUGAUCUGCCUCGAGAGGGGGAGAAGUUUCACCUCGAAUGUUUGGGAAACAGCAACCCCGAGCCUUCGUCCUACAUUUGGGAAAAGAAGGACGGAGAGCUCCCCCCGCUGGCCAAAGCCGAGGGCACCUUCCUACGCUUCGAGGCGCUCAACAAGUCGGACAACGGCGUGUACCUGUGCUUCGCCGACAACGGCAUCGGGAGCAGCGUUGGCGAGUACGCGCUGUUGGUGCAAGAUCCCAACGACCCCGCGGACUCCACGAGCGCUCCCCCAACGUUCACGUCCACAUUUUCCUCCCUGGUGACCGAUCCCACUUCCUUCACCGGGUCCCCGUCCGAAACGGCGCCCACCAUAACCGUCACGACCGCUAUCGCCACAAGCGCGCUUUCCAACGAGCUUUUCCCCGGCUUGACCGUCAACCCCGACUCCUCUGCAACGCCUCCACCUUUCUCCCCUUCCUCCCUGACUCCCUCAGUUUCCGACGGGCUGACUGGACAUGCCACCCCCACAGAUGCUGCUGAAAACAUCGCAGACCCCACCGCCAUGUCGACGUCAUCGAGCGUGGACCACGCGGUGAUCGGCGGCGUGGUGGCCGUCAUCGUCUUCAUCCUGCUGUGCCUCCUCAUCGUCUUUGGGAGAUACCUCAUCAGACACAAAGGAACAUAUUUGACCCACGAGGCCAAAGGCUCAGACGAUGCCCCCGACGCCGACACGGCCAUCAUCAACGCUGAGGGUGGAAACUCCGGAGUCGAGGACAAGAAGGAGUACUUCAUCUAGGGAGCAAGAAGAGAAGCAAGAAGGAAGGAGAAGAAGGAAAGGACAAACUUCCAUUUUGUUUUCACCACACUCAGUUGCUCGAGAAAGCCGGGGGUGAGGACUUCGUUUGCAUCGACACGGGGGAUGUGAGAUUUGCACUGACACGCACACCCACACACCCACACACCCACACAGACACACGCACACACACACAAUGACUAACACAUUAUUGUUACGUUGUGAUCCCGGCGUCCCGUUUUCGAACCAGCUCCGAAAUUGUAACUCACAUUCCUUCCCAAGCCACUUCCUACAUGAGCCCCACACCCACUCCAUGAACAUCCACAGCCUGCCCUCUUCAAAAAAAACAAUGCGACGAGCCACCCUGUAACCCCCACCUGAGGCCCCUCCACCUACACUACACACAUGUGUGUGUGUGUAUGUGUGUAUAUAUAUAUAUAUAUAUAUAUAUAUAUAUAUAUAUAUAUAUAUAUAUAUAUAUAUAUAUAUAUAUAUAUAUAUAUAUAUAUAUAUAUAUAUAUAUAUAUAUAUAUAUAUAUAUAUAUGCAUUCUUUUUUCUGGGUGGACCUGGUGUCGGAUGUGUGCGCCUGUACAUAGAGAAAAAAGAGGAAGAAAAAUACACUUGUCUCGCUCAUUUAUCUCACUUACUGGAAUACUCUUCUUGCCUGUUUUUAUUCCAUGCGUGCAGAGUAUCUGAAAAAGGAAAAAACAACAAUAGAAAAUAAAUGUAAUAAUAUUAAUCGGUACCAACAAUGGCGUUGCAACUAACUUCCACUGCAAAGAUUUGCGUCGGAUUCGUUCUUGGUACGUCUUAUUUUAUUUAUUUAUUUCUGGGAGGGGGAUGAAGCGGUGUUGGGGCCACACUGAAAGGCAAAAAAAUAUAAUUAUACAGUGACAGGUGAUAUUAUCGAGUAAAUGUACUUUCGGGGAGAAAAAGAUCAUGCAAAAUUUGAACACAUUUCUCGACAAAACAAAUUUUCUCUGGAAAAAAUAUGAAUUCAUCAUAAUCUACUGAGGAUAAAGUUUUCCAGAUCAAAUUAAUUUUGAAAAACAAAAAUAUUGUUCAAGAAAAAUACAUGUGUAUUUUCUGAAAUAAAAAGUUGAUUUUUUUUUCAACCAAAAUAAUCAUUUCAAAAAUCCCUGCGAAAAAAAAAUUCUGCAAAAAUGGAUUACUUGGUAACUUUUCAAGUUAAAAUGUAAUGUAUAGAAUUUUUUAAAAUAAUAAAUCAUACAUAUGAAUUGGAGCUUUUUUAAAAGCUAAGUAUGAAAGUAUUUUUUCAAAUCCGAUUUACACAAUAAACUUUAUUCUUAGAAUAUUGCAAUAUGCUUUAAUUUAAAGCACAUAUGAAUAACAUAAUAAUCGUUUGAGAAUAGUCAUCAAUUUCAGAGCAAAAAAAGAAUAAAGGUAAAAUUUUAGGCAAAAAUUCACAAUAAGUCAUCUAUUUUUGAAUGAGUAUCUUGAAAACUUGAAAACAAAACACAAAGACUUUUUAACAAAAUAAAACCUUUUCCCUUUGAAAAUUAUCACAAUGAUUAUAUAAUUGUAUUUUUUUUUCUUUUUAGUGUAGCCCCACAUAAUACUUUUUCAGGAUGGGUGAGAGUUGCCUAUUUUUGUUUAUUUGUUUGGUUUUUUGUUUGUUUGUUUGGGCAUCAAGUGUUUACAGUGUUCACUUUACCCAUGUAAACCAAACUGUAAAUUUACCCAUUUAUUUGCUUGUAGUAAAGCAGGGGUGUCCAAACUUUGGAUAUUAACUAUUCAGAUGAGCAAUAGAAAGAAAUACAAAGAUUACAAAAUCAUCCACACAGUAAAAAAAAAACAAAAAAACAUACAGAUUAUGAUAAAAUCGAAUCUAAUCUUUGCUUCAACACCUUGUGCAAAUGUAACCAACCAAAUGACGACAAAUUCAAAUUAAAAAAGUUGCGCUGACAUUUGAUUAAUAGAAUCUCUCCUUUUGCUAGUUGCAAAAAUUAACCAGAACCACUCAAAAUAAUCCAAAGAGUAGAACAGAACUACUCCAACUAAUUCAUGUUCUCAAAUCUCAGGGCGGUCCCCGGACUGGACUUUUUGGUCACCCCUCUUUAUCGGCUCAGUGGUACAUUCCGAGUGAAGGGUUCUUGUAAAUGAGUAACGUUGGCUCGUGGCCGCCAUGUGGAAAAGGGAAAGGGAAGGUAAUCUGGCUAAAAGGCUGCGGGCGCUGUGACAGCGAUGCGCAGCGGCCGGCCAGCCGGCCGGCCACAAAGUCGUUGAACAACUUCAAUGUCCUCGUCCAUUUCUUUUCAUUCUUUAAUCAAUCAGCCGUCCUGAUCCACCUUCAGCUCCCCCGCCCGCCCUCACCCUCCAUAUACAUGAUUGAUGUGGCAAGUUCCUGGCAGGAUGCCCUCCCUCCCCCACUUUAUAGACAUUGGUGUGGAUGAUUGUACACUUCUUCUGUACAGGUGUGCUUGGAACGGUAUGAAAGAAUAAGUGCAAAAAUUCCCACCCCAUGUUGUAGAAAGUCUUCCCGGAGAGAGAAGCUGGUAUCCCAAUACUUUUGUACACAAUCCAUAUUUUCUUUUAUUUGCUCUUUAUGGAGAUGUUCCAACACUUUUGUCCCUGCAAAAAACCCAACAGUCUCCACUUAUUCCCAAUACUUUUGUCCAUCUUUUCUUCAGACCUCACGCUUGCGUCUCAAUAUUUUUGACCACCCAGCAUUUGUAUUUUAUUGUUGUCGUUAUUUUUUUAAAUGGUUGUUUUUCUCUCGUUCUGGAAUGUUCAGGGAUUCUUCGUUUUCCAGUCAGCCCCCUCUCCACCUUUGUUGUGAGUCCCUUUCACGCUGCUGUCAAAAAUGAUUUUCAUUUUUUUGGGGGGGGGGGGUUUGGCUGUUCUCCGUGUGAAAGUUAUUGACGUGGGCUGCUAAUUUCAGAGGCGGGAGGGUGUUUAAAUGAAAUUCUGCAGGGAUGUUGAAGGCAAAGCCACUUCCCUGUGUUCCGUUGUGAAAGACCCUGCCCGUCAAAGUCGGCUUAUUUUGCCGUGCAUUUGCUGUUUUCUGUAUGAAAAUUACUAAACAUACCAUUAAUUUCCUGUCUUUGGAGGAAAUGUCACAAUAUGACUUUGUGAAAGGGUAUAGCCUGGGUAAAAAGGAUGCUGCAUCUCAGUGUGAAAUGACACAAUUGCCCUGAAAUUUCACGCUUUCACAUAAAACUCAGCAAAGCUUGAUGUUUUCUUAUUGGAAGUCAAACAGAUGUACCAUCACAAGCAUGACAGGUAGCAACAGCGAGAAAGGAGAUACAGUGGAUGUAAUGUCUCUGUGUCAAAUCAUAGACAGCUGACCAGAAAUUUCGUGUUUUCACAUCAGCCCAACAAAGCUCCCUGUGUUUGCUUUUCUUCUGUGUGAAAGGUACUGACACGGCUGCUUGAGAAGAGCAUGUUCUCUUUGUCUCUGUCUCUUUAUCAAUGCGCAGCCAGUUGGUUGGAAAUGUAACGCUUUCAUGCGUAACCCAGCAUAAAUCCUCACAUUUGCUGUUUUAUGUGUGAAAUGUAUCGACACAGGCUGCUUAUUUCCCAACUUAUUGCAAAAGCAUUUUUUUUUUGUUUGCCCCUUAGUUCGCUGUUUUCUGUAUGAAUGAUACCAACACAAACUGAUAAUUUCCCAACUGCCUGUGGAUCCAUUUUUUGCUGGAUUGUGUGUGAGAGACACCGAUACAGUCCACUCAUUUGCCGUUAACCCAUCACAGCUGUCAUUUUUCCACCAUUUGGUUGUGCGAAAGGUAUCCACGGGGACAGCUAAUUUUCCAGCCGUCUGUCAAAGGUGGCUUUUUCUGUGUUUGCUGUUUUCAAUGUGAAAGUUACUGACCGAUUGGGUUCCAUGUAAAAAAAACAAACAAACAAACAAGACAAACAAAAAAAACACCGUUCUUUCAUCUUUCAUUCUGUUUUCAUCUCACCUGCUUUUUUUGUUAUGGAAAGAUCUGCGUGAAAGGGGCUAGCGACUGCACUCUCGCCUAGAUAGUGUGCUAACAUAUGCUAAGCUAGCCACUAAAACAAAGGCAUACAAAGUCAAACGUGAGGUGAUUUGUAGCAGUUUUAUUAGAACACAACACUUGAUUUUUUUUCCCACUGUUGCUGACGUCUUCAGACCUGAGGGUGGCACUGUCGUCCCGUGCCCAAGUUGAAACUCCAAGAAGAAUUAGCUGCGUCAUGCUCCAAAAAAAAAAGAAAAUGUUGUUUUAUAAAAAAAUAAAAAUAAAAAUGAAAAAUCUGCAAAGACCCAGCGGCCCUAUAUUUGCCUGUAAUCAGUCGUCCUGUCCUUCGUCUUAGCUAAUGUGCUAGCAUGUAGCUUGCAUGAGAACAGUGGGGUGGUGUGUAGUGUAGUGCGCGCGGGACAAAAUGUCCACCCUCCUCUGGUCUACGGAUGUCGGUCCGAAAUAAGUCGGGGCUUGUUUUGUCUUAAAUUAUGUCAUCCUUUUUUCUUGUUUUGCUUGAUUUUUUUUUAAUGAUUAGAUGAACCGAAGGUUGUACUGUAGAUGGGGGUUUUUGUGUGUAUAUAGUAUUUCAUAUCACGAAAUGUAUGUUGAUUGGACAAAUGAUGAUGAUGUCACCAAGCCGCAUGCUGUGGUUGGCUCCUAUGUUUAAAUUGUACUUAUUUUAAAUUUGGUUUCCUUUAGUUUUUUGUUUGCUAAAAUUCAGUUUUCUGUUAUUGACUUCAAUAAAGAUGCAAUUGGGUUAAUUUCA